AUGACUACUUCCAUGGACGCAUUAAAGAAACAGAACAAGGAACUUGCUACCAAACUCACGGCUACUGAAGGCCGGAAUGGCCGAAAAGAGCGUGAGCGAGAAGAAAGGCUAGAGAAGGAGCGUGAAGAAAGGCACGAAAGGGAGAGACGAGAACUCAUCCGCCAAGGCAAGCAGAUUGAAGGGAGUGCGAGUUCAGUUCAUGGUAGUCGUCACACUACAGUCCAAAACGAAGGCAACCAUGAAAAGUCUCGUGCUGAGGACAAGGAUAACCACGAGAAGUCCAAUACUAAAAGGUCUGAGACAUAUCGCAGUGAAAGGUCUCAUCGCGAGAGAUGCCAUGGAAGAUCCCAUCCUGAUCGAUCUCAUCGCGAGAGAUGCCAUGGAAGAUCCCAUCGUGAUCGAUCUCAUCGCGAGAGAUCCCACACUAUCCAUAAUGAGACCGAUGUAAGUGCUAAGCUGGGAGACCUGAAGAGGAAGUAUGCUGAGAUGGCUGACAAGAUAGCCAAUGGGGAGAAUGGGUUGACGGCAGAAGAACUCAUGGAAAACACCAACCUAACCUUCACGGAUAGGGUAAUGAACUUCCCCUUGCCUGACAAGUUCAAAAUGCCUCAUAUAGAUAAAUAUCACAGCAAUGGAGACCCUACCGAGCAUAUGGAAAGCCUUCGAGCACACUUCAUCCUCCACGGUACCCCAGAUGAAAUCUCAUGCUGA